UAUAAGAAUGGUAGAUGGGAGUGGGGUCUGACCGCAAAGUGUCUACUGUUUAAGAGAAAAGGACUUCUCCCUCCCUCUCUCUUUCUCCCUCUCUCUCUCUCCCUCUCUCUCUCUCUUUCACUGGCUCCCUCUCUCCGGCUGCAGCGCCAGCAGGCUCCCUGCCUCUGUGGAUCACUACUGCUGAGAGGGAAAAAAAGAGGGAGAGAAAUGACACAACUUGCAUCUCUCUAGGGACAAAAAAAAAAAAACAAGAGGAAGAAAAAGUCACAAAAAGAAGCUUCGGCAACGAUUUGAAGUUUUUCAAAUAGUCCUCAGAGUGCCACGUUGUAGAUAAAGAAGUGAGCAUCAUUACAGACAAUAAGUUCUUAAGCUCCAUCCGAAACCGAAAAAGUUCCACUUUCUACACUACUUUUGACUGAAUCAAGCUUCAGAGUGAGUGCGUCAUCAUGGGGAUGCGAGGCCUACUCCUGGCCUGUGUAACUAUGGCCAUUAUAUUGGAUCUCUCCAUGGCUGGCCUGCUGAGGAAAGUGAUCAGGCACAGACGAGAGUCUUUAACAUCACCCAAACCCGAGAACAUGACCCUACCUAAUCCAGACCAACCAGUGGUCUUUAACCAUGUGUACAACAUCAAUGUCCCUACUGGAUCGUUGUGCUCUGUGGACCUAGAUUCGCCUGGGGGUGCGGCAAUGAAACCCAAGCCUCUUCCAUCUGAGCAGCACAUUGAGCACACUGUGGAUGGAGAAAACCAGAUAGUGUUCACGCACAGAAUUAACAUACCCAAGCAGGCGUGUGGGUGUGAUAACCACAUGCCAGACCUUAAAGAUCUCCUAAACAGGCUGGAGAUGCUGGAAGCUGAAGUGUCCAGUCUGAGGGAGCAGUGUACCAGUGGGGCAGGCUGCUGUGGAGCUCAAGUUACAGGUGAGCUCACUACCAAGCCAUAUUGCAGUGGUCGUGGCAACUAUAGUACUGAAACCUGUGGGUGUGUGUGCGAGCCUGGCUGGAAAGGGCCCAACUGCUCAGAGUCAGAAUGCCCUGGUUUCUGCCAAGAUCAAGGUCGAUGUGUGAAUGGGAAGUGCAUCUGUUUUGAGGGCUUUGGGGGAGAGGACUGCGGAAUUGAGCUGUGUCCGGUGGAUUGCGGUGAAUAUGGCCAGUGCAUUGAUGGGGCUUGCGUAUGUGCGGAAGGUUACAUGGGUGAGGACUGCUCCAUGACCGACUGCUUAAACAACUGCCUGGGUAGGGGGCGCUGUGUGGAUGGUGAGUGCUUGUGCAAUGAGCCUUGGACAGGCUUUGACUGCUCAGAACUUAUAUGUCCCAAUGACUGUUUUGACCGUGGUCGUUGCAUCAAUGGGACCUGCUACUGUGAUGUGGGCUUCACAGGCGAGGACUGUGGUGAGCUCACCUGCCCAGAUAAUUGUAACAAUAAAGGUAUUUGUGUUAAUGGGCAAUGUGUCUGCAAUUUUGGUUUUAGCGGAGAAGACUGCUCUAUACAUACAUGUCCAAAGGACUGCAGUAAAAAAGGCCACUGUUUCAAUGGGAGAUGUAUCUGUGAUCCUGGAUUCCAAGGUGAGGACUGUAGCAUCCUCUCCUGCCCUGACAAUUGUAAUGACAGGGGAACAUGCCUAAACGGGCAAUGCAUUUGUGAUCCUGGAUACGAGGGUGAUGAUUGCUCUGAGCUCUCCUGUCCUAACGACUGUCAUAACCGUGGACGCUGCAUUGAGGGAAAAUGCAUUUGCAAGCAAGGCUUUACAGGAGAGGACUGUAGCAUCAAGACCUGCCCCAAUGACUGCCAUGACCAUGGUGAGUGUGUGGAUGGCAUAUGUGUCUGUCACGUUGGCUUCACCGGUAGAGACUGCAGUGAGUUAACGUGUCCCAACAACUGUCACAAUCAGGGACGCUGUGUGAAUGGCCAAUGUGUGUGCAGUGAAGGAUUCACUGGGGAAGACUGCAGUGAGAAAACAUGUCCCAACAACUGUCACAACCGAGGACUCUGUGUGAAUGGCCAAUGUGUGUGCAGUGAAGGAUUCACUGGGGAAGACUGCAGUGAGAAAACAUGUCCCAACAACUGUCACAACCGAGGACUCUGUGUGAAUGGCCAAUGUGUGUGCAAUGAGGGAUUCACUGGGGAAGACUGCAGUGAGAAAACAUGUCCCAACAACUGUCACAACCGAGGACGCUGUGUGAAUGGUCAUUGUGUGUGCAAUGAGGGAUUCACUGGGGAAGACUGCGGUGAGUUGACAUGUCUUAACAAUUGUCACAAUCAGGGACGCUGUGUGAAUGGCCAAUGUGUGUGCAAUGAGGGAUUCACUGGAGAAGACUGCAGUGAGAAAACAUGUCCCAACAACUGUCAUGACCAAGGACUCUGUGUGAAUGGCCUGUGUGUGUGCAAUGAAGGAUUUACUGGGGAAGACUGCAGUGAAAAAACAUGUCCCAACAACUGUCACAAUCGUGGACGCUGUGUGAAUGGCCAAUGUGUGUGCAAUGAAGGAUUCACUGGGGAAGACUGCGGUGAGUUGACAUGUCUUAACAACUGUCACAAUCAGGGACGCUGUGUGAAUGGCCAAUGUGUGUGCAAUGAAGGAUUUACUGGGGAAGACUGCAGUGAAAAAACAUGUCCCAACAACUGUCAUGACCAAGGACUCUGUGUGAAUGGCCUGUGUGUGUGCAGUGAUGGAUUCACUGGGGAAGACUGCAGUGAAAAAACAUGUCCCAACAACUGUCAUGACCAAGGACUCUGUGUGAAUGGUCAAUGUGUGUGCAGUGAUGGAUUCACUGGGGAAGACUGCAGUGAAAAAACAUGUCCCAACAACUGUCACAAUCGUGGACGCUGUGUAAAUGGUCAAUGUGUGUGCAAAGAAGGAUUCACUGGGGAAGACUGCAGUGAGUUGACAUGUCUUAACAACUGUCACAACCGAGGACUCUGUGUGAAUGGUCAAUGUGUGUGCAGUGAAGGGUUCACUGGGGAAGACUGCGGUGAAAAAACAUGUCCCAACAACUGCCUAGAUCGUGGGUAUUGUGACAAUGGAGAGUGUAUGUGCUAUGAAGGUUACACUGGUGUCGACUGCUCAGAGAUGACUUGCCCAGGAAACUGCAAUGAGAAAGGCCGCUGCUUGAAUGGCAUGUGUAUCUGUGAGUUGGGAUUCACUGGUGAAGACUGCUCUGAAAUUUCCCCACCAACGGACUUGGUUGUGACUCAAGUCACCCCAGAGACAGUGGAUCUGACCUGGGUCAAUGAGGUGCAGGUGACCGAGUACCUAAUCACCUACAUGCCUACUGCUCCUGGUGGUCUGGAGCUAGAUAUGAGAGUACCUGGUGAAAAACGUUCUGCUACUAUUAAGGAGCUUGAGCCUGGUGUGGAAUACUUAAUCAGUGUCUAUGCUGUUCUAAAUAAUAAGAUGAGCAUUCCUGUAAGCGCCAGAGUAGCAACACAUCUUCCGCAGCCUGAAGGCCUUAAGUUUAAAACCGUGAGAGAGACAUCAGUAGAAGUUCAGUGGGAUCCUCUUAAUGUCCCCUUUGAUGGGUGGAACCUCAUCUUCAGAAACACAAAAGAAGAGAAUGGGGAGAUUUCGAAUCCCUUGUCUCCACCCGAGACCACGUUUGAACAAUCUGGUCUGGGCCCUGGACAGGAGUAUGAGGUUAAACUUGAGGUGGUGAAGAACAACACUCAUGGACCCCCAGCAAAUGCGAAUGUGGUUACAAUGAUCGAUGCUCCUAGCCAGGUGGAUGUCCGUGACGUUUCAGACACUACUGCACUGAUCACCUGGUUCCAGCCCAUAGCUCAUGUGGAUAGCAUCUCUAUGUCUUAUGUCCCCACCAGCGGCUCAUCAGACAGCCACACAGUAGAGCUUUCAUCAGUUGACACCCAGUACCACCUUGCUGAACUCUACCCAGAUACGGAAUACAGUGUGUCUCUCAUGGCCCGCCGAGGGGAAAUGACCAGUAUACCCGUCGCUGAGACCUUCACCACAGACCUAGACGCACCAUCAAACCUGCGGGCGAUAGAUCAGACAGAAGACAGCAUUACACUGGAAUGGAAGAACAGCCAAGCCAACGUUCCUAGCUACCGCAUCAAAUACGGACCACUGUCAGGAGGAGAACACGGAGAGUUAACCUUUCCGUCAGGCAUUCAGGACAUCACUAAAGCCAAGAUUUCAGGUCUUAGACCAGGGACAGAGUACGGCAUGGGAGUGACUGCAAUCAAAGAUGAGAAGGAAAGUGCCCCUACCACCACCAAUGCCGUCACGGACCUUGAUGCUCCAAAGGAUCUGGAGGUGAGCGAGACCUCAGAAACCACAAUGGUGCUGAUCUGGAGGAGACCUGUGGCUAAAAUCGAUGUCUACAAGCUUGUGCUGGUGUCCGCCGACGGCCACAGGGCCGAGUUUGAAGUUCCCGACAGUGUCAGCACCUACAUGCUGAGGAACCUGAACCCUGGCAUGCUGUACACCAUCACCCUGACUGCAGAGCGGGGGAGGAAAAAGAGCAUGCCUGCCAGCAUUCAGGCAUCUACAGACAACGAAAAGCCCCUGUUGGGCAACAUCACCAUCUCCGCGGUAUCCUGGGACGGCUUCAAUAUAUCCUGGGAGCUGAAGAGGGGUGAUCUUGAAGGCUUUCUGAUCGAGGUGGCUGACCCUGCCGGUCUCUCCAAGGGCCAGAACCACACUCUUUCAGGACUGGAGCACAACUUGGCCAUCACUGAUCUCUCUCCUAGCACUUUCUACAGGGUCACUCUUUACGGCCAGUACAAAGGAGGUCUCUUAGAGCCAGUGUUUGGGGAAGCUUUAACAGAGGCAGAACCUGAGCUGGAGCAUCUUUUCGUCACCAACAACAAGCCGGACGGUUUUACGCUGCAGUGGACGGCUCCAGAAGAAAUCUUUGAAAUGUUUAUGAUCCAAAUCACUGAUGGAUCUGGAAAGGAAAGGCAGAUGAGUGUAUCAGGAGACAAGAGAACAGAAGUGAUCUCUGGCCUCGAUGAGGCUACAGAGUAUAAAAUUAAGCUCUUUGGGACAAUUGCAGGACGGAACUUCAAGCCCAUUUCAGGGAAAGCUCUAACAGGUCUGGGCAAACUGAAGGGUGUUCGCUUCUCUGAUGUCACCGAUACCUCGGCCACCGUUCACUGGACUGUCCCUCAUUACCGCGUCGACAGCUACCGUGUCACCUAUGUGCCCAUUCAUGGAGGCACUCCCUUGACAGUCACUGUGGAUGGAAGUGCGUCCCACACCGUUCUACCCAACCUGACCCCUGCAAUGACUUACCGAGUAAACGUCGUUUCGGUGAAGGGGCUGGAGGAGAGUGAGCCAUCGUCUGAUACGUUUACAACAGGUCUGGGCAAACCCAAAGGUAUCCGUCUCUCUGAUAUCACCGACACCUCUGCCAAUGUGCACUGGACUGUCCCUCACUACCACGUUGACAGCUACCGAGUCACCUACGCACCCGUUCAUGAAGGCACUCCUAUAACAGUCACAGUGGGCGGAGGCGAGUCCCAGACCGUCCUCCACAACCUGACACCCGGGGUGACCUACGGAGUGAGCGUCAUAUCAGUGAAGGGUCUGGAGGAGAGUGAGCCAGCCUCUGAAUCAUUUAAAACAGGUCUGAGCAAACCAAAGGGUAUUCGCUUCUCUGAUAUCACCGAUUCGUCCGCCAACGUCCACUGGACUGUCCCACGUUACCACAUCGACAGCUACAAAGUCACCUAUGCACCUGCUCACGGAGGCAGUUCCAUAACAGUCUCAGUGGACGGAAGUGAAUCCCACACCCUUCUGCCUAACCUGACACCCGCGGUGACCUACGACGUGAGCGUCAUCUCAGUUAAGGGUCUGGAGGAGAGUGAGCCAGCAUUAGAUUCAUUUACGACAGGUCUGGGUACACCAAAAGGUAUUCGAUUCUCUGAUGUCACCGAUACGUCUGCCACCGUUCACUGGACUAUACCUCGAUACCGCGUCGACAGUUACAGAGUGACCUACGUGCCCAUUCAUGGAGGAAGACCUAUGAUGAUAACAGUGGACGGAGGCCAGUCCCAGACUCUUCUGCCCAACCUGACACCGGGGGUGACCUACCAAGUGAGCGUCAUAUCAGUGAAGGGUCGGGAGGAGAGUGAGCCAGCGUCUGAUACAGUUACAACAGCUUUGGACAAGCCUCAUGGUUUGGUGGCAGUCAAUAUCACGGAUACCACGGCGCUGUUGCACUGGCAGCCUACCAUCGCCACGGUGGACGGAUACGUGAUCAUCUACAGUGCAGAAUCAAUUCCCCCAAUAACAGAGCGAGUUUCUGGAAACAUUGUGGAGUUUGAGAUGAGCUCUCUCUACCCUGGUACUGAGUACACUGCUAAAGUCUAUGCAGUGAAAGAGGCUGCCAAGAGCGCUGCCACCACCACACAGUUUACUACUGAUGUUGAUUCUCCCCAAGACCUGGAAGCCAGUAACAUCCAGACUGAGAGCGCCACACUGACAUGGAGGGCACCACAAGCCCAAAUCACAGGCUACAUCCUCACCUAUGAGUCCGCUGACGGUAUAGUCCGGGAGGUCAUCCUCAGCCCCACAUCCACGUCAUACAACAUGAAUCAGCUAAGUGCCUCCACCGAGUACACAGCGCGCCUGCAGGCCAUCUCCGGCCCCCUGAGAAGCCACAUCAUCUCCACUGUUUUUACCACCAUUGGAAUUCUCUAUAGACACCCUAAAGACUGCUCCCAGGCUCUGCUGAACGGCGACACCACCUCGGGCCUUUACACGAUAUACAUGCGUGGGGACGAGAGCCAGCCCUUGCAGGUCUACUGUGAUAUGACGACAGACGGAGGCGGCUGGAUUGUGUUUGUCAGGAGGCAGAGUGGUAAAGUGGAUUUCUUCCGUAACUGGAGGAACUACACUGCAGGAUUCGGGGAUAUGAAUGAUGAAUUCUGGCUCGGCCUGUCGAACCUGCAUAAGAUCACCUCCCUUGGUCAAUACGAGCUGCGAGUGGAUCUCAGUGAUAAGGGCGAGCAUGCAUAUGCUCAAUACGACAAGUUCUCAGUGUCUGAGCCACGUAGUCGCUAUAAGGUGCACGUAGGGGGCUACAGCGGCACGGCAGGUGAUUCAAUGACAUACCACAACGGCCGUCCUUUCUCGACUUAUGAUCACGAUAAUGACAUAGCAGUUACCAACUGUGCCCUCUCAUACAAGGGAGCUUUCUGGUAUAAGAACUGCCACCGGGUCAAUAUCAUGGGACGAUACGGAGACAACAGUCACAGCAAAGGUGUGAAUUGGUUCCACUGGAAGGGUCACGAGCACUCCAUUGAGUUUGCCGAGAUGAAGAUCAGACCGUCCAACUUCAGAAACUUUGAGGGAAGAAGAAAACGAUCGUAAAAAAAAAACAACAAACAAGGCUAAAUAAUGAAGAGAGAAAAAAAACGCCCUCCUUUCUGCCAUUCUGCCCUUACUAAAUCAGUUCAACCUUUUUCAGCUACCAAAGCAGAAGUUUAGCCGUACACUAUGUUCCCUGUCUUUCUCCAUUUCACUUUUGCUUCCUUCAUUUAAUAAUCCAGAUAUAACCCGACGUCUAUGUGUCCUCAUUCCAGGCAAGAACCCACCAUUGAUCUCGUGAGGCGCCAAUAGCUUAAGUGCUGGUCCACAGCUUCACUCAUACACUGUCUAUACAUGAAACAUUGACAGUCUCUUACACUUAAAGACACACACACACACACACACACACACACACACCAAAGACCCAAAUAAAGUAAAAUUAUUGUCUAGCAAAUCUUUUAGAAAGCACACUGGUGGGAGGGGUAGCUCUGAAAAGCUUUUCAGUUUCCAAGAUUAAAAAUUCUGUAUCCCAUCUGGCCAUGGUAAUUCAAGUAUGGUUUGCGUUCCAACUAGGGGUAGAAUAUAUGUGUGUGUGUAUGUGUGAUCUCUUUUUUUAUGUUUGGUGCUUCAUCAUUGCUUUAAAACACCCCACAAUUAACCAUCAUCAAGUCGUUUAAACCCAUUUUGUAAAUAUUAGCCUUGGUGUGACGCAUCCUUUUACCCCCAUCGUUUCAGCUAAUCAGACAAGACGAAUGUUAUCAUGUAGCACGUUGCACUGCAACAGACAUACCGUAUACAAGUCUCUGUUUUCAGACCUACAGACACAGCUCCAUUAUCGUCCCAGCACAUAAUGUGGUGUGUGUGUAUGUGUGCGUAUGUGUGUCAUUUUUUUAACCUAUUGCAUGCUAUGUUGAAAUGACCAGUGCUGAAAUUUUUUACCUUGAUGACCUGGAGUUCAUUUCACACUGAUGAUUUUGGAGCGUGCUGCCACUUGGACACACAGAGACAAGUUUCGUUUGAUUUUUAGCAACCGUGUGUGCUCAGAAGUAAAGGCAGGACCUAUAUCAGUACGCCGCUGAUGUAAGUAAGUUCAAGACCACACAGGCAGAUUAUGAUAAUGAGUAGGAAAAUGAACGAGAGCCAUAAGGUUAAUGUCGUGCAGCAGAUGAAUACUCAAGAAAGGCCACUUUCAUUUUGUAAUCAACAUUGUACAUUUAUAUAAAAGGUAUUGUACACAAAAUGAAUUAAUAUACAGAUUGAGUCCCUGUGUCUACAACCCCCAUACCCGCCAUCCCCCACCCGCCCCGCCCCACUACGACCAUGCCACCUUCCCUUUACGCCCCUCCCCUGACCCUAACCCUAACUUUUUUCCUGCUAUAGACUAAACCACUGACCCUAUAAAAUACCUGUGUAAAUUAAAGUCUCUUGUUUGGUAUUUGAAUAUGAUUUGUUUGUUCGUUUGUUCGUUUUUUUUUUUAAUUGGGUGAACAACGGGUGUUUCUCUGUAACCCAUAUUACAAUAAAAUGGAUUUUGUUUU